UCAAGGAGACGCCACGCCCCCGCCCCCGCCGGCUGCUGCGCCUGUAGGCGGUGGGGAUGCAGUCACUUCCUCCCGGGCAGCUGUCUGCAUCCGGGUCAGCUGCUCCGCCGCCGCUACCGUUGCAGCUGUGAUCGGGAUACCGGGCCCGGGUCUCCACUGCCGUCCGAGGGGAGCGGGCUCCGCUCGGCGCUACUACUUUCUGCGACCUGGCCGUCAGCCCCACGUCGCAGGCCUGGAGGGGCGAAGAAGACGAGGGGGCCAAGGCUUCCUCCGGGGACAUUGGCUCUCUGGAUUAUCAGGAGUUGGGAGUUGACAUUGAGUCCAAGCUGAGGAUGGAAGGUGUGGAACUUAAAGAAGAAUGGCAAGAUGAAGAUUUUCCAAUACCUUUACCAGAAGAUGACAGCAUUGAAGCAGAUAUGUUAGCUGUAACUGGACCAGAGAGCCAGCCUGACUCACUAGAAGUUAAUGGGAAUAAAGUAAGAAAGAAACUAAUGGCUCCAGACAUUAGCCUGACCCUGGAUCCUAGCGAUGGCUCUGUGUUGUCAGAUGAUUUGGACGAAAGUGGGGAGAUUGACUUAGAUGGCUUAGACACACCAUCAGAGAACAGUAACGAAUUUGAGUGGGAAGAUGAUCUUCCAAAACCCAAAACUACUGAAGUUAUUAGGAAAGGUUCAAUUACCGAAUACACAGCAGCAGAGGAAAAAGAAGAUGGACGACGCUGGCGUAUGUUCAGAAUUGGAGAACAGGACCACAGGGUUGAUAUGAAGGCAAUUGAACCCUAUAAAAAGGUUAUCAGCCAUGGAGGAUAUUAUGGGGAUGGAUUAAAUGCCAUUGUUGUGUUUGCUGUCUGUUUUAUGCCUGAAAGUGGUCAACCUAACUAUAGAUACUUGAUGGACAAUCUCUUUAAGUAUGUUAUUGGCACUUUGGAGCUGUUAGUAGCAGAAAACUACAUGAUAGUUUAUUUAAAUGGUGCAACAACUCGAAGAAAAAUGCCCAGUCUGGGAUGGCUCAGGAAAUGCUACCAGCAAAUUGAUAGAAGGUUACGGAAAAACCUAAAAUCUCUAAUCAUCGUACAUCCCUCUUGGUUUAUCAGAACACUUCUGGCUGUUACAAGACCGUUUAUUAGCUCAAAAUUCAGCCAAAAAAUUAGAUACGUCUUUAAUUUGGCAGAACUAGCGGAACUUGUCCCCAUGGAAUAUGUUGGCAUACCAGAAUGCAUAAAACAGUAUGAAGAAGAAAAGUUAAAAAAGAAACAAAAAAGAGUUGAUCAAGAGCUUAAUGGAAAACAGGAUGAACCAAAAAGUGAACAGUAAGUUUGGCAUCUAGUCCAAACACGACUGAAGAAUGUGCUGGUGAAGCAAUGCUCUUUUUUGCAUUUAUAAUGCAUUUAUUGGCCCUGAUUUUUAUGUAACCUGUUACAAAAUUGACUUGAGUUUUUCUUAAUGGACUUUUGUAUAAGGGACUGUUCACUGCUGUAUUGGUUUGCAAAUCUCUUGAAUUUAGCUCUUAACUAGCUAAUUAUAAUCAUUUUAUAUUUUAUAUUGCUAAAAGCAAAGAACCACACUUUAUAUAAAGCGGUUUUUGCAUUUGUUUAUUGAAUGAUGUGUCUUCUUCAGUAAAAUAUUUAUAUGCCUAAAUGGUAAAGGAAAGAGAUAUAAUAUAUAUUUUUAUGGUUUGCGCAAUAUUUUUUAAUGUAUACCUGUCUUGUGGAAGAAUAUGCAGGUAAAUAAGACCAUGGUUUUGUAAAAUGCAUGUUAGAAUUUUUGUGUUUUAUAAAUGGUUAACUACAUUUCCUGGAUAACUUAAAAAAAUAAAGUGGCUCAUAAGGCGAGGGAGGGACAGUUAAACUGGUCAUGAAUAUCCAAAGGCCAUGUACAUAAUCUAAAUAGGUCAGUACCAUCCUAAGGUUUUUUUUUAUCACUUAGCCUAUAUUGUUCCUUAAUUCAGAAGCACAAAUACAAGUGCAUUGCACAGUUUUUCCUUUUUAAACUUAAAGGAAGUUAAGUCAAAAAGCCAUUUUUAGAACUAGAGAAUUUAAGCGUCUAAGAGUUGGGGUUUGUAUAUAUAUGUAUAUAUGGGACAUUUUACCUUCUGGCCAAAAGUCAGAUCUUUAUAAAAAUCUUAGGUUUAUUCACUAAUGUGAAAUAAGCUGUGUCCAGGGUUUUACUCUCCUGAAUUUGUAUGAGUGCAGUGUAGUAUUCAGAGAAUGUGAUGAGUUAUUCACUGUCACUAGUUUUCUGUAGAAACCAGGCGCUGCUUUUUUAACUGCUCUCAAUGUGGGCACUUUACCAAAAUACUUCCAUAUCAGUUAUUUGAACUUCCUAGGUGUUUGAGCUAGUCAAAUAUGGCGUGUUUUCACAUUUCCUGUUGAAUCAUGUUGACAGUACUGUAAAUUAAGUUAUUUUGUAAGUUUUAGAGCAUCAUUAUAUAAUAUGCUAUUUGGAAUGACACACUUGAUAUAAGAACAUAAACUCCUUGUUUAAUUUGGUAAGUACCUUGACUCUACAUUGAAAUAAAUUGUACUUAUGCCCCCAAACAGAACUUAAUUUACCCACAAAACCAUCCUGAAACAACAGAUUUAUCUGAUAUUGUGUCAUAUACUUGUGUGAUUUAUAUGUGUUUGGUAAACUUGGUGCACUCUAGACCUUCCUAGAAGGUAAUUUACAAAAAAAAGAGUGUUCUAGAAUAGCAAAAUUGAAGUAGAUGAAAGCUAAGGUUUUAAGAUUCAUUCUGUCCUACACUGAACACACAUGGCUUUUGCCAUUGCCAUUUUUAGUAUAAAGUUUCAACUAAAAAAGAGAAUUUUGCUUUUUUGUCAUCCUCAGUCAAAUUUGGCAUGCUAACUUAAGUCCAAUUAUGGGAGAUGCUGGAGGAUUCACAGGAUGAGACGUUUCUCAGCAACCUUCUAACUUAACUUGCAUCCUGAAGCUGUAGGCAGAUCCUGUACUGAUGUCAUUACAGUGAAUAAAGUCAAAACCAUUAUAGCUUGAUCAAAUGUUAGAAACACUUUGUACUGAAAAAGCAAACUAACAAUAACUUAGGCAUUCCUUCUGACUUUACCAUAUGAGGAUCAUGAAUAAAGGAUCAUUGCAUUUAGUUGUAAUUAGAGUCUAUAUUUUUAGAGCGCGUUAAGUAGCCUUUUAAGUCAUCAUCUCGCUUAAAAUGGGCUGAGCUUUUUAAAUAGGUGGUUUUCCUCCACAUCAAGUACCCAGUUCUUCGGUUUCAACAACACUUUACUGUUUAUUAACUUUUCUUUUUACAAACAUUGUUCCUAACUACAGAUACGAUUUGUUACAAAAGAGGUGCGUUUUCCUAAAUUUUUUUUUUAAGUAGAAGUAGCCUGUAUUCUAUUAGAACAUUAAGUUGGAAGAGUGAUAACACUUUGAAUAUAAUGAAAGGAUAUGCUGAGACUCACUAGAUUCAAAGGAUACCUGCUCUAACCUACACCUUAAUGGAAUCUGGUAUAGGGACUUGCCUCAUAAUAAAUGUUUCAUAAUUAUAGAACUUAAGAUCAUAAUUAGUAGGUUAGAAGGAAGACAUGUAUUAAGUUUGUUAUUUGUAAUUUGUAGCUAUGUAAUAUUUUCUCCAUAUCAUUUGAUUUUUAAUUUUUCACUACUGAUUGAGGUGAAAGUACAUGUAACUAUUUUAUCUUUUGCUUGAGUCAUGGAUCUGACUUAACUGGUUUAAUUUGAUGCAUCUUUCACUUUUGUUGUUACAUGUGGGCUCUGAUUGCCUCUUUUUAGUCAAAAGUUUCUCAUAUAAAGUAAUUUGAUUGUGUUUUGCUUGGUCAUAUUCCUAAGUAGCACCAAGGAAAGAUUCUAUAUUGACCUUGCAGUUUAAACUUAAUAGCCUUUAACUCAGGAGGGUGGGUAAUAAAAAAAACAUGAUUCAAAGUAGGGCCUAGUAGGUAGUUUGAAAGGAAGAUAAACAAGUAAGUAAGUAAAAGGAAGAAAACUAUAAAGGGGUAAAGAGUUAGCUGUUACCUAAGAUGCCACUGAAUGUGUCCCUGUUAAGGGAAGAACUUUAUGUGGCUGCUAUUGGUACCAUUUCUUGUAUCUAGCAGGAAAAUCUGCAGACUACACACACAAUAUGUGAAGAGGAAACUAUAGAGUGAAGGGAGAAAAGGCUGAUAAUACCUGUAAUGAGAAUUCAUAUUUUCCUCUGCUUUGUCCCUUCAUACAGAAGCAAGUUUGAACAGAGAGGGUCAGCAUUUACAGUGCUCAGAUUAAAGUUUACGACUAGGUUACUUUUCAUAUUUCAUGCUUGGUAAAUUUCGUCUUGCAAUGUGGACAUCACUUUUUAGUAACUGCACUGAAUACCGAAAUUUGCUGAUUGACAAGUAAAUAUCGGUAGCUAGAAAUUCUUCAACUGCAAUUCCAGAAUUUAAAAAGGUUAGGGAUCUCAUUUUUUAUAGAGAUUUUUUUUUUUUUUUUUUUUUUGUAAAUGACUAUAUAGCAUUACUAUUUGGCUGUUUUUAUGUGUGUGCUCAGGGAAUUUGAAAGUGAUUUAAUGCAGGAAGUGGCUUUUUAGAGUUCGUCAAUUAAUAAUUAGCAUUAGGAUAUAUCGGGUAGAACAGGCCAGUUUCCUGAUGAGAUUGGUAAAGUUGUAUAUAAGGUCACAGUAGCUUUAUGCUGCCUUUUCCCGUUAUAUGUGGAAAAUUGCUAACAUUGCUCAGUCAGAAGGGAGUAGGAGAUGGGCUGAAAAUAGAGAUUGCUACCCCAUUUUUUCGUUUUCAUGCCUACAUUUUUCCCAUCAUGUAUAGAUUUUUGAGAAAUGGAUCACAAAUCUCAAAAGGAUGGGAUGGGUAGAGCAAUUAAUGUAUUUAUAAGUUAGACCAACUAUUCUGUUAGAGUUUACCUUGUCAUAGGGAACAGGGAUUGUGUAAUUUGAGUUGCUGGGAGAGUCAAGAAUUUAGAUUUGCAUAGGACGAUCAGCUGGUUAGGGAAGUGGGAUGUUCUAAAGUACAGAAGAAUUACCUUGGGAGCCUUUUACUCCCUUCUUCCCCGUCCCAAGAUUCUGAAUAAAUUUGAGUCAGAUCAGUGGUGAGCCCCAUAAUGUAACUUGCCUUUAAAGUUGUAAAUGAUAAUUGAAAAUAAGGUAAUGUGUUGAACAGUAAGGAAUGACACUAAAAUUUGAAGAGAAUUAUUUGUUGCAGUGGUAUAUGAUAGAUUUACUUAAUUUCUUAUGUUUUGAGAACUACUUAAAAAUGCUAUGAAAAGUUCACAAAAAGCACUUAAUGACAAAUUAGACACCAGAUAAAAAUCAAGGGUUUAAUCCUUUCAAAUAAAGAAUUAUAUUAAACUGUUUGCUUUAGAUAGCUGUAUGAUCCUAUCUUAAAAAAACAUUCUACAAGAAGUUAAAACAUUUGCAUUUUGAAAUUUUUGUUUUCAUAUUCAGUGUGGCUAAGGAGGAACUUGGAAAAUAGUAUCAACUACACCACUGCACUUUUUGUAUAUGGACUUUCUAAAGUGCCCCUGAAACAUUUUAUUUACAUAAACCUAGCUAAUAAAUAUUGGUGUCCCGGGCCAUUGACUUGCACAGCCCUUGGGGCAUCAUUCAAAUAGAACACAAUUCAGAGUUUGUUAGAUACUAACGUACUUUGAUACAUAUUUCAAAAAUUCAAAUUUUUUUCCUUACCAUUGGUUCACAUGUUGCCAUUUAGACAAUGUACUAUGAUAAUUUUACUAUUCAGAUUAUGUUGCCUAGCCUAGUGCUGUCAUUUUACAGUGUGAGAAAUUAAGUUCUGAUGACUGUGUGCAAGAUGUUGAUGUGGUCCAUGUGAAAAAUACUAGGGUUGUCUUGAUUUACUGAAGAGAUGUAAUAUUUUCCUUUGACUUGUUAGGAAUACAGUAACUUGUGUCCUGAUCUGUUGCACAUCAUAUUUUUGCAACAAUAAUGAAUUUAAAUAAAUUAAUUGGAAAGUUUGUUUUUGACUCAUUUUAUCACAUUUUUCUGUCUCCCAUUGUGAUGCUAAAUUUUUACACUGAGUUAUCUUGUAAACCUUUCAAAUAGUUUUAGACUUUUACUCUUGCUUCUCUUUCUGUAAUCUGGGUGCUACUUCCUAUUGUUCAGGGGGGUGAGGAGUUUGCCAUCCUUUAAUUUUAAAUAUUAACUAUAAUCAAACUUUGUGUUUUAUUGUUUAGAAUUAUUUUAGUUGGGAAUCUAGUGAUGAAAUCAGUUCAGUAAGUGGUUGAAAACAUGACACAAAUGAGAACUUGUUUAGCUAUAGACCUGCUGGGAGGUUCCACCUGAUAGCAGUAGUUUUUGCAUUUACUCCUUAAUCACUAUUCUGCUACUUCAUGGUCAAUAGCUGUGUACAUUACUGCUGCCUUUAAUCCACAGUUAGCAUGCCGUUUGGGAGUAUAUUAACUCGAAAUAGAUUGAAGUAUUUGCCUUGCAUUAGGAACAAAUACUAAAUACAAAUUUUCCCAAAUUAAAAUUCUUCAUGAAUCACAAACUAAAAGCUUGCUGGGCCAAAUGAAUUGCAGCCCUAUUUUGCAUGGUAAAUAAAUACCUGCUAUAAUAUUUUCAGAAUUUGUCUUCAGUUUACCUUUGCAAGGUCUUCAACAGUAGUAAACCUGAAUACACCUCAGGCAUAAAAUAUGACUGCCUAGCAUUUUGUAAUUUUGAAUUUCACAAUGGAGAUUAAUCUAAACAUUAUAAUUCCUUUAUGAAUGAUUUAGUAAACCUGGUGAAUUACUUGAAAAGUUGGCCUGCACCACGGGUCUAACGCUUGGAAGCGGCGGCCCUACGCCCAUCCUUCUCAUCAAAGCCCCGCCCUCCUUCCGCAAAACUUGAAUGGCGUGCCGUGGCUGGUGGUGGGCGGGGUGUCCCGGGGCCCUGCGUGAUGUCACUUCCAGGUUCCGCGAGCAUUUCCGGGUCAUUGGCCAAGCAGUGGUUUCUGCGGCGACCGCGGAGGUGGUGCGGGCAGUAGCUACCUCCUGCUGGGCUCCUGGCUGUGCUGCUUCUGUCUGCUCCGCGGCAGGAGGCGCCUUCUCCACAGGAGAUCAAUGCAAGACUGAGUAAG